AAAUCCCUUCUUUAGAGGUUCUUCAUUAUAACUCUAGUCAAUACUUACAAGAUGUUUACUCUCGGUCAAGAGAGGUUUUUGGAGGAAUCCUCCAAGCCUCAGCCAAUCAUGUUCACGGCUGGUGCGGUUUCAAUUAGAAAUGAAAAAGGUGAAAUAUCAAUGAAAAAAGUAAAAGUCAAGCGAUAUGUUGCCGGUAAAAAACCUGAAUGGGCUCCAGAAUUAGAUCUCGAUAGAGAUUCUGACGACGAGGGAGGAAAAUUUGAAAAUAAAAAUUAUGAUCGAGAUGAUGUGGAUACUAAUUAUGAAAUGAGAGAUCAAGGAGAACAAUCUCACUCUCAAAAAUCUGUUGUCGAUAGAAGAUUACAAAGACUCAUGGAUAGAAGUCCGACAGAACAAGAACGAGGCGAUAGGUUGAGACAUCGGCGCAAUUUCGAACCGGAAGUUAUCAGUGAAGGGGAAGAUUCGGAACCAGAAGAAAGUAAACCAUAUUCAAAAAAAGUUACAGUUGUUGAAGAGGAAAGCAGUGACGAUGAGGAUUUAGAUGAUGAUGAAAUAGAAAAUAGAAGAAUGUUGCUUCGACAAAGAGUACAAGCAAAACGACAGACUGAAGAAGAACUUUUCGAUCAAGUGCAACAAACAUCUGAAGUACAUAUCAAAGAAGAAGAAAUGGAUCGAGCGAAAAGCAGUGACGAUGAUGAAGAAUUUACUUCGGAAUCCGAAUAUUCAGAUUCCGAGGAUGAAGGACCAAGAUUAAAACCUGUUUUCGUUAGAAAGAAAGAUCGAAUAACCAUUCAAGAACGUGAAGAAGAAGAAAAACUGAAAAAUUCCGAAGAACAAGCUCGUAAAGUCAUGGAAGAAAGAAGAAAAUAUACUUUGCAACUCGUCGAAAAAGAAGCUCGUAUGGAGGUUGACGAAGAAAAUAAACUCCUAGCAAGUGUUAAAAUGGUCGAUUCUGACGACGGAAACGAUGAGGACGAAUAUGAAGCAUGGAAACUGCGAGAGUUAAAACGAAUCAAACGUGACAGAGAUGAAAGAGAAGCUGAACAGAAAGCAAAGGAAGAAGCUGAACGAUUGAGAAACAUGACGGAAGAAGAACGUAAAGCUGAACUUCGUAACAAUCCAAAGGUUGUUACCAAUCAACUACAAAAAGGAAAAUACAAAUUUUUACAAAAAUAUUAUCAUCGUGGUGCCUUUUAUCUUGACGAAGAAGAUGAUACACUCAAACGAGAUAUUACGAAUCCGACACUUGAAGAUCAUUUCGAUAAAUCUGUUUUACCUAAAGUCAUGCAAGUUAAAAACUUUGGCCGAUCUGGUAGAACCAAAUACACACAUUUACUUGAUCAGGACACUACAGUGUACGACUCCCCCUGGAAUCAAGAUAACGCUUUGUCAGGCAAAUUUAUGUCUAAUAAAGGUGGCGGAAUGAAACAAAAUUUCGAACGGCCUUCUGGAAAACAAAGAAAAACAUAAUAUUUUUUUUCUCUGUUGUAUUUGGUUUCAAUUUGAACAUUCUGGUUGGUUAUAGGACCAAGAUGUGGAGCGAACUGUAAGAUUACUAAGUGGCAAACUUAUAAGGUUCAAAUAAUUUUAUGUACUGUGCAAACGAACUCUCAAUUAUUUUUUUUCUUUAUGGCUCCAUUUCUCAAAAAUGUUAGAAUUUAAAGGCUUUCACUAUGGAAUAGAAUAUUUAUUUUGGGUUUUAUUGAAAAUUUUUAUCAAUUUGUAAGGAAAGUCAAGGAAUGAAUUAUACAAAAUCCAUUAUCUGUAACCGUUAUAAAAAGAUAUCUCUAUUACUAUAUAUUAAGACAAAAUUGUCAUUCAUUUUCAAUGGCCAUCUCUGGUAUGUAAUAAACAAAUAGCUUUUUAUCGUGGAAAUAUCAACCCUUUUUUGAUACAUAUUGACUACCCGUUCAUGAAGUACUUUAUAUAAUAGCGGUUUCUGUGCACCUCGAAAAUAAAGUAAAAAUGUGGUAUUUGGAUAUUUGCAUUUGCAAAAAAUACCCUAGUAAUUUACAGAUAUGUAGAGCUUUUCUGAAUUGGAGUAUAUGCCGAAAGUAUACAAACUGAUCGAAUAAAAGCAUUUUUGUAUGUA